GUUUCCUCAACAGUAGUACUUCCGGGUUCGGAGAAAGGUGGCAGCGCUUUCGGAGGGAAUAAAAUGGAAGGAGAAUCAAGCAGAUUUGAAAUCCACACUCCAGUUUCUGACAAGAAAAAGAAAAAGUGUUCUAUACAUAAGGAAAGACCUCAGAAACAUUCCCACGAAGUUUUCAGAGACUCCUCCCUGGUGAAUGAAGUGUCUCUUAUAACUAGGAGGAAAAAGAGGAAAAAAGAUUUCCAGCAUCUCAUUUCUUCUCCUUUGAAAAAAUCCAGAAUCUGUGAUGAGACUGAAAAUGCCACUUCUACACUCAAAAAGAGAAAAAAGAGAAGAUAUAGUGCUUUGGAGGUGGACGAGGAAGCAGGUGUUACAGUUGUCCUUGUGGAUAAAGAAAAUAUUAACAACACACCAAAGCAUUUUAGAAAGGAUGUUGAUGUCGUUUGUGUUGAUAUGAGCAUGGAACAGAAGUUACCAAGAAAGCCUAAAACAGACAAAUUUCAGGUACUUGCUAAGUCACAUACACAUAAAUCAGAAGCACUGCACAGUAAAGUUAGGGAAAAAAAGAAUAAAAAGCAUCAGAGGAAAGCUGCAUCCUGGGAGAGCCAGCGAGCAAGGGAUGCCCUGCCUCAGUCGGAAUCCCACCAGGAGGAGUCCUGGCUUUCUGUGGGUCCAGGGGGUGAAAUUACAGAACUACCAGCAUCUGCUCAUAAAAGCAAGUCUAAGAAAAAAAAGAAAAAGUCCAUUAACCAGGAAUAUGAGACACUGGCCAUGCCUGAAGGAUCGCAAGCAGGCAGAGAGGCUGGGACUGAUAUGCAGGAAUCCCGGCCUACUGUGGGCUUGGAUGGGGAAACUCCAGAACUACUAGGACCUGCUCACAAAAAAAAGUCUAAGAAAAAAAAGAAGAAAAAGUCUAAUCACCAGGAAUUUGAGGCAUUGGCCAUGCCUGAAGGAUCACAAGUGGGCAGUGAGGUUGGGGCUGAUAUGCAGGAAUCCUGGCCUGCUGUGGGCCUACAUGGUGAAACUGCAGAACUACCAGCACCUGCUUAUAAAAACAAGUCUAAGAAAAAAAAGAAAAAGUCCAAUCACCAGGAAUUUGAGGCAAUGGCCAUGCCUGAGAGCCUUGAGAGUGCAUACCCUGAAGGAUCACAGGUGGGCAGUGAGGUUGGGACUGUGGAAGGCAGUACGGCUCUUAAAGGGUUCAAGGAAUCCAACAGUACAAAGAAGAAGUCUAAGAAAAGGAAGCUUACGUCUGUCAAAAGGGCCGUAGCGUCUGGUGAUGAUUUUUCAGUGCCCAGUAAGAACUCUGAGAGCACACUCUUUGAUUCAGUAGAAGGUGAUGGCGCCAUGAUGGAAGAAAGUGUGAAACCCAGGCCCCGACAAAAGAAAACCCAGGCCUGUUCGGCAAACAAGCAUGUGCAAGAGGUGCCAAGGUUAGAACCUGCAAAUGAAGAACGUAAUGUGGAAACAGCUGAAGAUUCCGAAACAAGAUAUUUACCUGCAGAUUCAGGAGAUGCCGAUGAUUCAGAUGCAGAUUUGGGUUCUGCCGUGAGACAGCUUCAGGAGUUCAUUCCUAACAUCAAGGACAGGGCCACCAGCACAAUCAAGCGCAUGUACCGGGACGACUUGGAACGGUUUAAGGAAUUUAAAGCACAAGGUGUCGCUAUUAAAUUUGGCAAGUUUUCUGUAAAGGAAAAUAAGCAGUUAGAGAAAAAUGUGGAAGACUUUCUAGCCCUGACAGGCAUUGAGAGUGCAGACAAGCUGCUGUACACGGACAGAUAUCCUGAGGAAAAAUCUGCGAUCACCAACUUAAAAAGGAGAUACUUGUUUAGAUUACACAUUGGUAGGAACAUUGCCCGGCCCUGGAAACUUAUAUACUAUCGAGCAAAGAAGAUGUUCGAUGUCAACAAUUACAAAGGCAGGUAUAGCGAAGGAGAUACUGAGAAGUUAAAGAUGUACCAUUCUCUCCUUGGGAAUGACUGGAAGACGAUUGGUGAGAUGGUGGCCCGAAGUAGCCUCUCCGUGGCCCUCAAGUUCUCACAGAUCAGCAGUCAAAGAAAUCGUGGUGCUUGGAGUAAGUCUGAAACCCAGAAACUAAUCAAGGCUGUUGAAGAAGUGAUUCUAAAGAAACUGUCUCCCCACGAUUUAAAAGAGGUGGAUUCCAAACUCCAAGAAAAUCCUGAAAGUUGCCUAUCAAUUGUUCGGGAAAAACUCUACAAGGGCAUAUCUUGGGUAGAAGUAGAAGCUAAAGUGCAAACCAGAAAUUGGAUGCAGUGUAAAAGUAAGUGGACAGAAAUUCUAACCAAAAGGAUGACUAAUGGUCGGCGCAUAUACUAUGGCGUGAAUGCCCUGCGGGCCAAGGUCAGCCUUAUUGAAAGGUUGUAUGAAAUAAAUGUGGAAGAUACUAAUGAAAUAGACUGGGAAGAUCUUGCUAGUGCCAUAGGUGAUGUUCCUCCAUCUUAUGUUCAAACUAAAUUUUCUAGGCUGAAAGCUGUCUAUGUUCCAUUUUGGCAGAAGAAGACUUUUCCAGAGAUCAUCGACUACCUUUAUGAGACGACUCUACCUUUGCUGAAGGAAAAGUUAGAAAAAAUGAUGGAGAAAAAAGGCACUAAAAUCCAGACUCCUGCAGCACCCAAGCAAGUUUUCCCGUUUCGAGACAUCUUUUAUUAUGAAGACGAUAGCGAAGGAGAGGACAUAGAAAAAGAAAGCGAAGGCCAGGCGCUGGCUCACGCCUGUAAUUCCAGCACUUUGGGAGGCCAAGGCCGGUGGAUCAUUUGA